AUGUGCGCAGUAAACACCACCUCUGACACACCCCCUCCUCUCCUCCUCUUCCCCUCCACAGACCCCACAAUAUCCGGCCCCCUCUCCGUCCUCGCCUCCCUCGCCGCCGCCGCCGCCGCCGGCCUCAAAGUCUCCCACACCCUCUACACCACCAUCGACUCAAUCCGCACCGCGCCACAAACGCCCGUCUGCCUCAGCCGUGAGUUCGACUCUCUCUGCAAAGCGCUCAGCUACCUCGAGCAGCUCUUCAGGCUGCACAACAUCACCUCAUUCCCACAGUUCCCCGCCGUCCAGCUGGCCGAGCUGUUGUGCUCAAUCAUGGCAGACUUUGACGCCUUCCACAAUUUUCUCGCGGGACACAGGGGGAAGGAGGAGGAGAUUAAGGAGUUGAAGAAUGGCAUUGCCGCGUAUAAGCUGACGAUGGAUAUGACGAUGACGGCGGUGAACCUCGCUAUCGCGGGCACGUCUUCCGCAAAAAUCGAACAGUCGCGGCUUCUCCUUGCGGAACUGAGGGACGAGAUCGUGGCGUGUAAGCUCAUGCUCGGCCACACCUCCGCCUCACUUACCCCCGACCACACUCCCGGCUCGACCCUUGGCGACAUGCCCCUCCACCCCUCAUCCUCCACCACCGACCUCUCGCACACCUCCCACAGCGCAACGUCACGACCCGCCUCAAUCAUGAGCACAACCUCCACCCGCACCCUCACCACCCUCUUCCGGACCGCCACAGUCCGCACUGCCCGCACUACCUGUACAACCCGCACCUCUCGAAGCGUAAUUUCGUACCGCGCAAGCUCAAUCAUCGACCUCUACUGCGACAGCAUCGCCUCUCUGGAGCGCGAGGAGUCAGACCGCCUCAGCGACCGCGAAGACGCUACCACAAUAAAGCCUAAACGUAGCCCCGCACCCUGGAACUGGGAGCGACUGCUUAGCGAGCUGGCGGAGGAGGGGAUAAGCUUUAGGUGGCCUCCACCAGGGGUUCUGAGGUCGAGGAAGAAUAUUGAUACGUUUUCGACCACGGGUAAGGUGUCGAGGACGGCGGUCUUGAACUAUGACCUUAAUACAGAGGGCGCGACACGUCAGCGUAUAGGUACGGCUCCCCGGGAUAAGCCGAAGCAGAGAACGAAGCCGAGAUUGAAUAGGGCUGUGACAGCACCGCCGUCGGGUGCAGCGAGAGGGUAUAUGGUUGAGGAGAGCACGGAUGGACCGUAUAUUGUGACGAGGAGGACAGAUAGGACGGGAAGAGAGAGUUAUUCUUAUACGCUGAGACAAGAAGCGUGGAAUUAA